GUAUAAAUAAGCAAUGCUAAUUAAAUACUAAUGCCUAGAAAUUGGGAUUAAGAAUUGCACGUGAGGCUGCGGAGUACAGAGCAGUGAAUGAAAAUGGCUUCCAAUUCCAAAAAAUGGUGUUACUUUUUUCAAUUAGUGCUUCUCUGUCUCACACUUUUGUUGCAGAUAGCAUCUAAUCAAAUUGAAGCAGGUGGUUCAAAAGUUGAAUACCUUCCUGGUUUUGAUGGUCCUCUCCCCUUUCAACUUGAAACUGGGUAUGUGGGUUUGGGGGAUUCAGAAGAUGACAUGCAAGUUUUCUACUACUUUAUUAAGUCAGAGAAUGAUAGUAAGAAUGACCCUCUUUUGCUAUGGCUCUCUGGUGGUCCCGGUUGUUCUUCAUUUUGCGGCUUUAUUUAUCAAAUAGGCCCAAUGAAAUUAAAAGUUGAGGAAUAUGAUGGGAGCUUGCCUAAGCUUAUCUCGAGGCCACAGUCAUGGACAAAGGUGGCUAACAUUAUUUUUGUGGAUUUGCCAAUGGGAACUGGCUUCUCUUACGCCAAAAAUGUCAUUCCCCAUCGAAGUGACUGGAAGGUUGUUCACCAAACCCAUCGAUUUAUUAGAAAGUGGCUUGCUGAGAACCCGGAUCUAAUCAUCAAUGGAUAUAUACUAGGAAACCCAGUAACAUCAGGAUUAGAACAUAAUGAUCAGAUCCCAUAUGUUCACGGAAUGGGACUUAUCUCUGAUGAACUCUAUUGGUCCUUGCAAAAUACUUGUCACGGCAACAUUAUAAAUGUGGAUUCUACGAACAAACCGUGUCUAAAUGACAUGCAGUAUUAUUAUGAGCUACUUGAAAAUAUUGAGUUGUUAAACCUUUUGGAGAUAUAUUGUGUUGAUGAGAAUAUCAAAGGAACAAGACAGAACCCCAGGAGAUCUCUGGCUCAGAAGAUAAAGGCACCUUUGAGUUCUCCGGUCACACUGCCGGAUAUGCGCUGCCAAAUUUAUGGUGGCUUCCUUCUUAUGGAAUGGAUAAAUGACCCUGCUGUCCGUAAGGCACUGCAUAUUCGCGAGGGAACUAUAGGGAAAUGGAACUGGUGCUAUGGUGACGAUUAUGUAUUUGAAAUCCCUAGCAGCGUUCCAUUUCAUGCAAACCUAAGUGCCAAAGGCUAUCCUUCCUUGAUAUACAGUGGGGAUCACGAUGCACUAGUUCCUUUCUCGUCGACUCAACGAUGGAUAAGGUCUCUAAAUUACUCCAUUCUAGAUGAUUGGAGGCCAUGGUAUUUAAAUGACCAAGUUGCAGGAUACACGAGGACUUACUCGAAUCAAAUGACAUUUGCAACUAUAAGAGGUGGAUCGCAUACACCUCAAGAUACCAAGCCGGACGAAAGUUUUGUCAUGUUCGUUAGGUGGAUAUCUAACAAGCCUCUUUAGUUUGUUAGGUAUCAGACAAAUGACACAG